AUGGCAUUGAAUGCGGGGCAACAAGAUUCUGCCGCCUCAGGGUUUGACAAGGCAAAAGCAGCAGAGGGCCAGGAAUCGACAAAGAAAGUGCUCCCACCAGUCCGAACCCUCCCGCCGGGCCCCCUACCGCCCUACGAGUCUCUGGAUGCGAUUUCUCCGCCAGCAAUACCAGAAGAUUUUCACGAUAUCGGUCGGUCCAAGCCCCUCUCUGACCUCCAUUCCGACCGUACCCCGUCCGAUUUGAGCGACUACUCGGACCACAACACUACCAAGUACACCGACUCGGUCGUCAAAGGCGCCGCACUUUUUCUCGAAUUUUACGGCUUAUCCUACACCCCCCACGCCGACAACACCGCGAGAAUGGCUUCCCCUCAGCUGAUUUUUGUCGAUGGCACCUUCGCCGAGCUGGCCCAGGAGAUGGCCGACUACAUUCAGGCCAACUCAGCCAAGACUGAACAUGCCGUCCAGGUUGGCGACGAGGUCAGACCUCUGUUGGAGAAGGAGAAGAACGAGGAUGCUCUCGAGGCUAUCGUCAAGGCCUCCGGCGUAUUGAAUACGGUUCCCGAAAAGGAGUUCACUGGUGCCAUCAACCUCCUUAUCCACCUUGUCCUCCAGUCCAACGAGCCCAAGAGACAUCUUCCUGCUGUCUGCAGCAACCUUCUCAAGCCCAUCACAUCCUCGCCAAGCCACGGCUUCACCCUUGCCGCGAGUGCCCUCAGCACCAUCUUCAACCUCCUGGACAAGACGAACCCCGUCCGGUACAAUGUUUUCUUGCAGAUCAUCCGCUUCAUUCGCCAACACGGCCAGUACGAGCUUCUCAAGCCCCGGUUAAAGAACUUGGAGGCGUGGUUUGCCGAUUGGGAGACCAACGCGGAGGAUCAGCGCAAGCUCUAUAUCGAUGUGGCUGAUGCCGCUGCUGAGGCCGGCGAUGAUGAGGAGUCAUACCACUACAUUCUGAAAGCCCUCUCCACCUUUGAGCGCGAGGAAGCCGAGGGUGAGGAGGCCCAGAAGUAUUCUCUCAAGGCUCUCAAGAUGGCCAUUUCUUCCCCCACCCGGUUCGACUUCCAGGAUCUCCGUGCCCUCCCAAGCGUUCAGGCGCUUAGCGACUCUCAGCCCAUCUACUCUCAGCUUCUCGACAUCUUCACUGAGCAAGAUCUUGAGGACUACAACGACUUCAGAGAGGAGCACGAGGGUUGGAUCGAGAAGGAGAAGCUUGACCACGAGAAGCUGCAGCGCAAGAUGCGCCUGCUUACUUUCGCCAGUCUCGCCGCCAGCACGCCCAACCGCGAGAUCCCCUACGCCAACAUCGCUAAGGCUCUCCAGAUCCCCUCCGAGGACGUUGAGAUGUGGACAAUCGACGUUGUCCGCGCCAAGCUUGUCGAGGGCAGACUGUCUCAGAAGCAAAAGGUCUUCCUUGUCCACAGAACCACCUACCGUGUUUUCGGUGAGAAGCAGUGGCGCGAGUUGGGCACGAGAAUCGACCAAUUCAAGCUGGUUGUUGACCGUCUCACCAGCACUGUGCGCAGGGCCCAGGCUGAGGUUGAGCAGGCGAGGAAGGCCGAGGAGGAGCAGCUUGCUAAGAAGCUCGCUGGCGCUGGUAUCAGCAGUGGUAACCCGGGCGACCGUCGCCGCCAGCCAAGGCAGCGGACGGAUGAUGAUGAUUGAACGCGUGCACAGUUUUCGGGACAUUUCGGGAUAUGAGGUGGCAUCAGGGACAUGGCAUAUGAUCUCUCUUUGGGGCGACCUAGAGUAAUUAACUUGGUUUGGCCCUUUCUGGCGUUGAGAACCAAAAUGGCUGGGCGGGGUUUAUAUCUAGACUCCUUUUUAAACGGGUUGCUUUUAUUACAUCCACGCGAGUAGAUAUCCAGGGUCCCAUAAAAUUCAUCACUUUGGCUGCAAAACAACGGGUUGGGCUGGGAUUAGAGGGCGUGCUGAGUGACAUGGACAUAGCGAUUCCUGCGUUGCAUAUUUAAACAAUCAUAGUUCAGAGUUGAUUCCUCUCAUGUGAAGAGUGAUCGGUACCUACUCUGAGCAUCGUGUGCCACUGCAGCUGCGGUCAAUAUGUUCCUGUAGAGGACAUAAUCUCUUCUACGUCUCUAC